GGAACUGACAAGCACUCCAAGUAUGAUGCCUUGCGAAUAAUGCCUGAGAGUUCUCCAUUUCAUGCUUGAAAGAUGAAACUCGACACGAAGUCACUCCGAUACCUCAAUCCCACCGAUUGGCGCACCCUCACUACAGUCGAGACCGGCAGCCGAAAUCACGAAGUUGUGCCCACCCCCCUCAUUGCGAAUCUCUCCAAAUCCAGUGUGGGUGAUGUCCAACGCAGUAUCUCCCUCUUGGCCAAGGCCAACCUCAUAGCCAAAGUCAAGAAUGCGAAAUACGACGGCUACAGGCUCACCUAUGGAGGGCUAGACUACCUCGCUCUACAUUCCCUGCAGAAAAGCAAUACCGUUUACAGUGUCGGCAACCAGAUUGGUGUGGGGAAAGAGAGUGAUAUCUUUGUGGUCAGUGACGAGAAGGGCGAACAAAGAGUGCUCAAGAUACAUCGACUUGGUCGAGUCAGCUUCAAAAAAGGUGUUCGUAACAAGCGAGAUUAUGCCAGGACAAAGGUCCAGAAAGAGAGAGGUGCCGGUAGCUGGAUGUACAUGUCACGACUUGCUGCCGUCAAAGAGUUUGCAUUUUUGCAAGCUCUACACGACGCAGGGCUCAGUGUACCAAUACCACUGGGCCAGAAUCGACACCAGCUGGUCAUGUCACUCAUUGAUGGGUUCCCACUGCGUCAAAUUGAGAAAGUUCCGGACCCAGCUGGGUUGUAUGCAGAAUUGAUGGAGAUCCUGGUCCGGCUAUGCUCUCUGGGUCUCAUACAUGGAGAUUUCAACGAAUUCAACCUUCUGAUCAAAGAGGAACAAGAAGAGGAAGGCGAGGGGAUCAGAUUGGUCCCGGUCUUGAUCGACUUUCCCCAGAUGGUCAGUGUGGAUCACCCCAAUGCAGAGUUUUACUUUGAUAGAGACGUUGAAUGCGUCAAGCGCUUUUUCGCCAGAAGGUUCGGCUUUAUCAGCACCGAGGAAGGCCCGUUUUUCCGGGAUGCAAAGAAAAGACUUGGGCAGGAAGGGAUCAGAAGACUGGAUGUUGAGGUCGAGGCUUCGGGGUUCUCCAAGAAAAUGGCCAAAGACCUCGAGACCUACAUGAAAGACCACGGUAUCGAUGGCGAUGCCAGGGACGCUGAAACACACGACAAAGACGCGGAUGAAUCCGACUCGGCCGCUAGUGACGACGACGAUGAAGUCGUGGACGAAGGCGCUUCGGACAUAGGCUGAUCAAGAGGCACAAAAAACAGAAACCAUCAUAUCACAUCCUUCUUGACAAGACAAGAUACCAGGACCAUGCAUGAUGCAGCUGCGCUAUCGGAAUGAUCUGCGCAUUUAUGCAUUUAGAUUCCGCGUCGUCCCGUUUCGACCAUCAUUUGCUUGAGAAGGGAAUAGCAUGGGACCUUGUUGACCACUCUCAUAGGGUCGCCAACUAGCACGACGCAGGCCGUUCAAAAGCGAGGUUGGACGAGGUCUCGACCCCGCAUCGAUUCUCAGGUGAGUCGAGGUCGUGAUGAAGGAGACUUAUGCAAGCUCGAGACUAAAGCCGCACAAGCGGCUUGGAUGAACUCAGACAUGGAGCACUUUCAAGCUGAAAAGCUCAGGCCCGAGUGCUUUUAAGCUGUCACAUCAGUUCGGAGAAUUAUCCACGUGCCAAAACCGUGGACGGGCUCAACGGUUGUCUGAGAGUUCGCUGGUGGCUGAUGCUUGGUUGCACUACGACCGCAAUUUCGACCUCCUUGAUUCCUGUACCGUGUUUCCUAGACAGAAAAGGACGGGAUUUGUGUCAUUGGAAGAGUGACAAAGCAGUGGAAAGGUAGAAUUUGAGUCUAGUACAAUCUCGAUAUGACAUCCAACAA